UAGGAACAGUGAAGUAAGUGCAGAUAGUUAUUUCAGUACAUGAAAAUUAUGGGGAAAGUGUUUAAUAUUUAAUUUAUUUAAUACUCUUGAAAGCAUAUAAUAGAAAACUCAAUCUAUGGAAAUAAAUAUUAUGGCAUGCAGCAUUUGUGAUAAUUGAAAGAUGGAUAAUCAAACUACAAUGCCUUACUUUUUGCUCCUGGAAUUCUCAACUGCUCGGCAACUACAAUUGCUAUAUUCCUUCUUCUUCUUUGUGUUAUACCUGGCAAUUACAACAGCAAAUCUUCUCAUCAUUGCUGCUAUAACUUUUGAUCAGCAACUGCACAGACCCAUGUAUUUCUUUCUGAUGAAUUUAGCUCUGCAAGAUGUAGGGUCUGUUUCUGUCAUUGUCCCCAAAUCCAUGAUAAAUUCCCUCAUGGACACCAGACACAUCUCUUACUUUGGCUGCAUCAUUCAGGUUUUUCUCUUUGUGUCCUUUCUGGGUUCUAGUUUAUCUCUUCUGACAGUCAUGGCAUAUGAUCGGUAUGUUGCCAUUUGCCAUCCAUUGCACUAUGAGAUGAUGAUGAAUUGGAAAGUCUGCACUGAAAUGAUGAUUCUGGUUUGGUUUGCAGGUCUUCUCUAUGGAACAUUGCAUACCACUGGCACUUUUUCCAUUCCUUUCUGUUCUAAUGUUGUCAACCAAUUCUUCUGUGAAAUUCCUCACUUGCUAAAAUUAUCCUGCACUGGCUUCAAUCUUCUUGAAAUUGGAGUUCUUGUGACUAGUGCUGCAGCAGCACUAGGCUGUUGUACUUUUAUUAUUGUAUCUUAUGCAGUGAUAUUCAAGGCAGUGCUAAGAAUCCCUUCUGAACAAGGAAGGCAGAAAGCCUUAUCUACAUGUAUUCCCCAUCUUACAGUGGUGUUUAUGUUUUUUUUAACCGGAUGCUUUGCCAAUCUGGGACCUACAUCUGACACUCCAUCUUACUUAAAUUUUGGAUUGACUCUUAUGUAUUCCAUUCUUCCACCUCUGUUCAAUCCAAUCAUGUAUAGCAUGAGAAAUAAGAAUAUCAGGUUUGUUCUUUCUAAAGUUUGGAGAUUAUGAAAAAUAUUUUAAUGAUUUUUUUUAUAUUCUAUUCACCACAUUGUACAUUCUCCUGUCUUUUUUUUCCACUUCUCUUUAGAACGGAAUAAGUUAGAAAGGGAGACAUAGCUGAAAUAGGGAUAAAUCCAACCUCACAAACCAGAAGAAUAGUAGAAUUUCCCUCAUUAGUGCUAAUACAUUUCACAGAUGCUAAAUGUGGAUGUUGGACAGCUGUGGCUUGCCAGAAACUGAGAAUACAUGAUCUUUAGUGAAGUGAUAAUCAGGGUAUAAAAUGGUUUCCCCUGGUUUCCUCUUUAAUAGUGGCCCAUAAUAUGACAUGUUAAAUCUUUAUUCUUUCCAACAAUAUACAGGUCUCUAUAAUCCUUUUUCCUUAAAUGGUCAUUUGCUCACAGAUUUUGAUACUGUUAAGACAGUCUUAACUGGAAAAGUCCUGCAUUUUUGUUGGUUAGGUUUUUCAGAAGUGAUUUGCUAUUUUCUCUUUCCUAGGAGGAGAGAAAGAGAGAGAGAGAGAGAGAGAGAGAGAGAGAGAGAGAGAGAGAGAGAGAGAGAGAGAGAGAGAGAGAGAGAGAGAGAGAGAGAGAGAGAGAGAUUGUCCCAUAGUCACCCAGCUGACUUUAUUAAUAAGGUGGACUCGAAUUUCCAAUUUCCUGAUUUCUAGCCUGAGGCCUUAACCAUUAUUACAAAUUGCUUUACAAACUUGCUUUAGAUCCUGGUAUUAUUUCUAUCCUUUAGAAUUCUUUGGCCAAACCAGAUACUGGUACUAUCUCACAAAAGCUUUUAAUAACUAAAGAAAUGAAAAAACCAAGAAUGUAAAUAGGAUGAUGCAUCAUUGUAACAGAAUGUUAUAUCAGGCUUCAGGAAUCUCACAACUUGAGAUGGGUAAGGUGUGCGUCAUCAGUGGAAGUCUUGUGAUGGGGAGGUUACAUCAGGUGAGGGACAUUGGGAGGUGAAGUGCUGGUAGAGAGGGCUUGCAUAGCUUGGUUGUGGGUCGAUGCUAUCUCUGGUUAGCUGUGUGGUUGAUUGGAUUCUGUGGGGUGUGGAGGCUGGUUGUAGGUCAAUGUAUCUGUUGAUGGAAUUGCUUGUGGAGUGCCAGGCUUUAAUGAACUCACAAGUGUGGCAUGUGGUAGUGUGGCCAAUGAUAUUUUGUUGCUCCAAUUGAACUGGUGCUGGGAUCAUGGUGUUUAACAGUCAGCUGGUAUUUGUGGUUCCUGGUUUUUAACUGAUGUGAUGUUUGUCCCAUGUAGAACUGGUUGCAAUUAUUACAGUUGAUUUUAUAGAUUAUAUUGUUUCUUUCAUCCUUCUGUAUCUUGUCUUUGGUUCUUGAUAAUUCCUGGUGGAGUGUGACUGUGGGUUUGUGGGUUUGUGGGCUAUUGCUAUUCCUAGGGGUUGGAUAAUUCUAUUUGUCAUUUCUGAAACCCCUUUUGUGUAUGCUCUUUUGUCCUAAAUAGAGUUUCUCUAUACUCUUUUUUCUAAGUAGAUUUCCAGUGAGAGUUAAACAAUUUAACAAUAAAGCACAUGGUGAUUGUA